AUGAGAAACGGGAACAACUGGUGGACAGAGAUGAAGCAUAGCACUUAUCUGGUCAGUGUCGGUUGUUUAGUUUUCUUGGUUUGUACAUUUUUCUUCACACUAAUUACUUUGGAUCCGAUCAGUUGGCUUGUGAUUUACGAAAAAACUGACUUAGUCCCAGGAACUGUGUCCUAUGCACAAUGGAAAGAACCAAAGAUCGAUAUAUACUUUCAGGCCUACAUGUUCAAUUUAACCAAUCCGGAAGAGUUUGUUGGAGGUGCCAAACCCCGUGUGCAACAGGUCGGACCGUACACGUAUCGAGAGCAUCGAAUCAAAACGGAUAUGAGUGAACAACAUACCGGCAGUACGAUUGAAUACCGUGAGAGAAUAUACUACUACUUUGUUCCGGAACUGUCCGUCGGACCAGAAUCAGAUGUGGUGACCACAGUAAAUUUGGCUUACAUUCAAAUCGAUGUACAAUUUGGUUGGUUACCAGCUGCAGUAGAUCGGGUGAUCGAACUGUUAGAAAAUCGAACGGAAGAUUAUUUGAUCACAACACGCACGGUUCGAGAACUACUCUGGGGCUAUGAAGAUCCAUUCUUACGUUUCCUAUACAACAUGUUUAUUCCCGUACCGACCACAAUGAUCGGUCUGUAUUGGAAUAAAAAUGGCACCGAGCGGGAACUGACAGAGAUCUAUCGAAACAAUAAGGAUCAGGCAAGGUUUGGCCAAGUGUACAAAUUUCAAGGUCAGACUAAAUUGAGCGUGUGGACAACAUCGGAGGCAAAUAAAUUAAACGGGUCAGAUGGAUCAUUGUUUCAUCCUUUUCUCCAAUGGAAAGAACAGCCGUACGUGUUCACAGCCGAUAUUUGUCGUUCCAUUCAAUUGCGUCCAACGUCUGAGGUCAAAUUCGCCGGAGUUCCAGUCUAUCGUUACUUACCGUUUGAGGACACAUUCCGUUCCGCGUUGAACACGGAGAAGAAUCGUGGAUUUUGUCUCAACUGGCCCAAUUGUUUGAAAGACAAUGUGCACGAUAUGACCACUUGUAUGCCCGGUGCACCGAUUGUCAUGUCCCUACCACAUCUGAUGCAUGCCGAUCCGGAAUAUCAGAACGCGGUCGAGGGUUUGCAUCCCAACGACGAUUUGAACACAUCUUUUCUAAUCGAACCGAAGACCGGGGUCGUUUUUAAGGCUCAAAAGAAGUUACAAAUCAAUGCACGUGUCAAAAACAAUCCAAAGUUCAGAGAACUAUCGCUGGUACACAACGUGUUUUUGCCAGUCAUGUUUAUGAAUGAGAGCUUCACGAUCGAUACGGAAACUGUGUCUAGCCUUCGCCUUUCCGUAUACACGGGACCGAUUGUGGUCAAAACAAUUCUAUCCAUCUUGUUGAUCGUUUGUGCACUCAUCCUGUUCGUGAUUGUUGCUCGAAAAUACUGGUACGCGGGUAGCACGCCGACUAAUGUGCCAUAUCAGGAAUUAUCUACCGGUACGGCUCCGGAAACACAAGAAAGUGUAUAA